CGUAUUCAGUAUACAAUCGCGCGCCACAAGUGUUGCGCGCACGCAGCCGUUCACUGCAACAGAACCCGCAGUUAUCGGACUCUGUCUUAUCGAUCGCACCUUCCGCUCCUUCGAUCGCCGCGGAAUUCUAUAUGAUGGAUGCUAAAUGCCGCGUCGACAUCUGAAUGUUAGCCGAAUUGGAAAGUAGGUACUUUAGUGCAUAAGUGCGGGAUGCAGUCAUAGAGGGCGCCGUCCAGACCGAACGGCGCCUGUGACCAACCCAUGUGCACUUGCCCUAUAUUUGUGUCCAACGAGAUAACGUGAUGUGACAACGAUACGUGUUGUGCCAGUGGAAUAGUUUUGUGAAAGUGUGCAUUUAGCGUGAGUGAGUAGUAGGCUGCCGGCGUGGCCGGCACCCCGUGACAAUGUUGAAUUGCACCGAUCUGGAAUGCAUUCUGCAUCAUCACCAUUACUAUGCGCACCUCCAUCAUAUUCAUCACUUACAAAAUGCCCAGGAUUCAGGGAUGUCGACCGAUGGGUCGACGACGGAUAUUAACGUAUUACUCAACGACACAGAAUCCGAUCUCACCAGCCUAUCACAUGUUGAUGCACCGAGUGAUGCGAAUUACAUGAUAUGCGGCGUCGUUAUUGCCAUGGCCCUGGUAGGGCUCAUUAUAGUCUUGCUGGCCCUCACAAUAAACAAGCUGCGUAAGCGUGAGGAGCAUUCAGCAUCGGUGCAUCCAGCUGAAGUGAUUCAGGCCACCCCAGCACCUACAUCUGAGCCUGUCACCUUUCGCCAGCAACCGCUGUGGCAGUUCCCGCCGCCGCUGCCUCCGCCUUACGUCUAUCCUCAUGAUCAGGACAACUUAAUGCAGCCCAUCGGCAAUGAACGAGCGAGUUUCCGCAGUCUCCGUAAGAAUAUCGGCGGACGAUGGAAGAGACUCGUGAAAAAGAAGCCCGAACAAGAAGUGUACACAAUCCCCCCUGAGCUCAAGCCACAGCUCAAGCAAAUAUAUGUGUAUUAAUAAAUGAAGCAACAAUUAGUACUACAGCACUGAAGCAGGCUUCAACUGCUCUGUUCUAUUAGAUGAUUUCACAGAUCACGGUUGUAAUAUGUAACAAUUCAUAUCGUUAUUCGAAUAUCAAAAUUUUCUUAAAUAGAACAUUAUGUGCACGGCUCUUCUGCCUUUUAUCUUUGAACAUAUCUUUUUGACCAAUUAAUUCUAAUGACCAAUGAACUAUGUUUCACUCAUCAUUCAACACCAUUGUGAUCUAAAGCCUAGGUUUGUAUUAUUAAGUAUUAGAACGCUGAUGUUUGUGCGUGCUGUUCUGUUGCUGAAUUCUGUAUGUAAGAGUGAAGUGCUCGUGAUAGUCAAUUGAAUUUAGCUUAAUUAUUAAUUUAAUGUUAUGAAUGAGAGAAACCUAUUAGGAAGAUGCGGUCGCGCAUACUAGUAACGAAAAUCCAAUAAUGAUUAAAAUUAUGAUGCCUUGUUAAAUAGUAUUUGACUAAUGAGGGCGUUUUGUAGUCCAUUAACUUAUUCUAGACAUGGUCGUAUCGUUAUGCGAAACAUCGAUCAAAUAAUUUGUGAAGAUAUUUUACAUGUGAAUGUUACUUUGUGUCUAUAAUGAGAAUUGAUAUUUUAAACACCUGUAGUUUCAUGCAGUAUUUUUAUAUCGUUCAUUUGUGUUGUGAGUGAGACUGAUCUAUGGUACAAUUUUAAGAGUAUACACGUAAAAAAAAAGAAUAUUUUCUGACAAUAUUGAAUCAAAGUCGACACAAAUUCAUUUAUAAAUUAGUAUUGAAUGUCCUUAGUUGUUGAUACUGUUGCGAGAUAUGUUACUUGCAUGCUUAUGGUAGUAUAAUUUUGGAUUUUCGCCCGGUCCUUACUGUGAUAUACAUAUAGGUACGUGAGAUACUAAAUUAAUGUAAUUGCUAAACAAUUAAACGACUUUUGAAUUGCCUUAAUAACUUGUCAAUUAUUAUUAUCGUAGAAGGGACCGUCGGUCGAGAAUUUAGAUAGCUCAUAUUGAGCCUGAUAUUUUGAGAAUUAAGAAUAGAUAAUAAUGUACAAUCCAGCCAUGAUUUAACAAAACGUUAAAUUCUAACUGUUGAAGUAGACCACGAUGUAACGGUACUUUUAGCAGCGUGAGAAACUGUUUAGAAGAAAAUGUAAUCUUUUGUUGAAAUACUGAGAAAUAAAUAAAUUCCAUCAUGA